AUCCUCGUCGUACUGGUCAUGAUGUUGCUGCACCAUGAAAGAAUCAGAAUCAUCUUCAUCCCUGUGGUUCCGAAGCCAUCACCGAAUCUUCACAACAUCGAGGAUUGGUUUCAAUUCCCCAAAGGCCUGAAAGAGAGUUUUAACUACAAUGAGGGUCCCUGUCUUGUCCGUGAGUACUGCCAUGUCUCCCAGUCCGACAGCGAGGCCUGCCCCAUCUUCAUCCCUGGGAACGAAUCGGACCUGUCCACCUCCUGCUCCUCCUCCACCUCCACCUCCACAGUCUCAUCUGAGGAGGAGAUGGUUUCUGUUUAGGAGGCAUCUCCGUCAAAAAUGUCAAUGCAGAUCUCCUGCAUGACUGAAAAGUUUUCAUUGUUGAGGACUUGAUUAUGCAGCACAAGUACAGAUAUGCACCAUCAUUAGAUCCAUCAGCAAUCAUGAGUUUUUAUAAUCACCUUUGAUAUAAUAUCAAUAAUAUACACAUUUUUAUUUCCAGUAUUUCAUUUGACCAUGUCAUUCUUUACAACUGUUGAAUGACUUCACAGGGAGUAGCUCUUGGAGAUUAGCAAAAAUAUAUAAAACAAGAUAAGAGCAAGGAAACCACAGUUACGCACAAAAAACCCUGUUCGAUUUGCUGGAAAUUAGCUGAGAAAAGCUUCUUUCCAAAAUGUUAAUCACAGAUGUGGGGGUUGAUUGCUUGCAUCACGGAUACACAUAAUACAUCCUAAAUAUAUAAUUUUGUAAAUUAGUUUGAUUGUAAAAUAAAGGUAGUUCAUAUGUCUUUGAUUAUUAAACAAAGAAGAUUUAGCAGUAUGUAUGUGUAUUGUUGUACAACACUUCAGAUGUAGGUAUAACCUCUCAAUCUUUAUUUCUGAAACAGUUUCCUCUGACAGGAAACCAAACCCACACAACUCAACUUUGGAACAGCACACACAAAAAGCUUAUCUGGUAUCACAUGACUUUGUCAUGCACAAAGUGUGUUUUAGCUGCUAGUUGCUGACAUGAUGCUACAGAGAUAAACUGUCAAUAUAACUAAUUUAAUCUAAAUUCAAUAUUUUUUAUGCACAUUUUGAUUUAAUUCUGUCAUUAACAAAAUACACAUGACAGACUUUUCCAAAUAUUUUGACAAAGAAAAACAGAGCAAAAUUUCAUCAGAAACUUAUACUAUAACCACAAGCAUAUGAAAAGCAUGAUGUAGAUUUGGCUUUCCCUCCACUUUGUCUUUCUUUUGCUAAGAAGUUAAAAUGGUUAAUGGUUUAAAAUUAAAUUGACCAAAAAACUCCCCUAGGUUUUUGAGAUAUUAAUCUCUUAGAUUUCUGCCUCCACCAUCUUCCUCCCACCUGCUCUCUUUCCUCCGCCACUGUUCUGAAGCAGCAGGUUUCCUUUUUUACACAUAUUUAGCACAUUUAGUGACUGAAGGUCAGAAACUCAGAAAAUAACCAAUGUCUGAUCAGUUACACAGUGUCUAACACAUAUUGGAGACACUUUUUUAGCAGCCUUUAAAGAAUUGUAAUACCGGUAAUAAACAAAAAAUGACAUGAAAUUAAGUUAUAAAUGUUCAAUGGCUAAAUCUGUGUUCUGUGAUUUCACAAAGCAAUUAUCUAUUUCUGUAACAUUUUUAGCAAAUUGCCACUGGAUUAAUUUACAUUUUGACAUCAAGGGAUAUGAUUUUCAAAAACAUGAUGAGCUUUAAGUUGUUUGCGAAGAGGUAAACAAUACUUAAAUGGCAGUGCUCUGCUGUUCACUUACUUCAGCAAUAUCAUAGGAAUGCAUAUUGUGUCCACUUUGUUUACAACCUAACUAAACACUUUAAAAAAAAAUGUCCAUACUAGUUAUAUACAAAUUUUGAAAAAACUUUAAUGGGAAUAUUGUAGUCUGUAGUAGCCUGUAUUCAAAAACAUUUUUUUUAUUAGUCUCUGUGUUACUUUAUAUUACAGCCAUACAGCAGAAGGCCUAGCUGCAAGAUUGUCAUCUUGAUGUAAAACCAAAUAAGUAAAGAGCUUCCUCUGACAGGAAACAAAACGCACGGCAGUCAUGUCAUGAGCACCAAACGCAUAAAUAUCCAACAUAUCGAUACUGAGAUGUAGAAGUAGACGUGCGCAGAGGCUGAGAGCAUCCUGUUUCUGUGUGUCACGAUGCCAACUAGAUUGCUUCUGCUUCUCUGUCUAACAGGACAUGUGUUUGCCAAAGAACCACCUGAUGUAGACUGUUUGGUGGUGAAUCUGAAGUAUGUUUACUGUUCCUGGAAUAAGCAGGGGACUCCAGAAGUCAAUUACACCUUCAAAAGCUGGUUUGGGGAUGAAAAAGUAAAAAGCGAGUGCCCCACCUAUCUGUCAGAGAACAAUACAAACAUUGGAUGUAACCGACCCUACGAGUCACUCCAGAGGUUCAGCCCAUUUAUCACCGAACUGGUACAUGGCAAACAGAUUUCUCAGAGGGAGCAUAAUCUUAAAGCAAAAGUCAAGUUAAAUCCACCAACUAACGUGGCUGUCCAGAAUCGAUCCGACUCUAACCUGUGGCUCACCUGGAGCCAGAACUCUUUAACUUGUGUGGAGAGUGAGGUUCGCUACAGGGUCAACAACAGGAAGUGGUCGUUUUAUCUAGUCAGUAAUGGGGUGCAGGAAUACUGCGUCAACUUGCCCUCGAGAAGUUCCCUGUAUGAGCUGCAAGUCAGGACCAGAUUGGGGUUCGACUGUGGAGGGCCUACUUUCUGGAGUAACUGGAGUGAGCCUGUGGUCUGGGGUUCAAACAACAGCACAGACACUAAUCAAAGAAACAGUUUGAUGUCUGUGUGGACCCCGGUGAUGUACGUGGUGGGUGCUUUCAUCCUCGUCCUACUGGUCAUGAUGUUGCUGCACCAUGAAAGAAUCAGAAUCAUCUUCAUCCCUGUGGUUCCGAAGCCAUCACCGAAUCUUCACAACAUCGAGGAUUGGUUUCAAUUCCCCAAAGGCCUGAAAGAGAGUUUUAACUACAAUGAGCGUCCCUGUCUUGUCCGUGAGUACUGCCAUGUCUCCCAGUCCGACAGCGAGGCCUGCCCCAUCUUCAUCCCUGGGAACGAAUCAGACCUGUCCACCUCCUGCUCCUCCUCCACCUCCACCUCCACAGUCUCAUCUGAGGAGGAGAUGGUUUCUGUUUAGGAGGAGGCAUCUCCGUCAAAAAUGUCAAUGCAAUUCUCCUGCAUGACUGAAAAGAUCAGAUAAUGGAUUAAUAGUCAUAACUGAUGCAGCAGUUAUAAGUUAAAAUAAAAUAAAAUGCCCAAUCCUAUUAGUUUAGUUUACCACAAAUUAAAAACUCUGAACCACUUCAUUAAAUUCAGUUUCCAUUAGUGGCACACAGUUCAAAAGUUCCUCUUAAAAACAUGCUUCAGGGUAUAAAUAUAUAUCAAUUACAUGCAUAGCAGUUUCAUGCGCCAACAUUUGCUAUGCCGCAGAGUUUUCUCUUUCUUCAUUAGUGUUCUGUAUAUUUCACCACACAAGAAGAAGUUCCCCUGAAGUAUCAGAAAAAAAGGGCAUUUAAAACAUCCUCUUCCUCUAACACCUCAUAAGCCCUCAUUCAAGCAUGGUUGUCAGUAAACAUUAGUUAAAGAUGUAAAAAAAAUCCAAAAACAAAAACAAAUCCAUAUUCUUAAAUCACAAAAUAGACUAGUUUUUAUCGUGCACAAUAUUAUUACUCUCAUGUGACCUUGACUCUCUUCUGUUUAACUAUCACAGCAAAACAUUUCAAUAGCUGAUUGAAAGUAAAUUUUUUGAUUAAAGUACUAACAGAAAAACACAGUAUGUAAUGGUCGAGAAGGAAACAUUCAUUGUUGCCUCUUUCGACCAGUCAAAUCACCACUUUCUAAUAAAGUAUCCUUUAUGAAGGGUUUAUAAGUUGUAAGUUAUGAACUACUAGCUUUAUAAUGGUUAAAUUCAUCACUUACUAAUGCUACCUGCACAUUGGGGUUGUCAAGUCUGGAAAUCUUUUAGAACUCCUAAAACACAACAAAAAAUUGGUUUACAAUUUAAAUACUGGAUGUUAUAUAUAUUAACAUAUAUACAUGCAGACUUGAUUGGUAAUUAGAAAGUGAGAAACAGUUAGCGUCUAUUAGUGGAUUAAUAUAUUUUAGCGGCAUUAUUACCAAAUUAAAGGAUAAAUGCUAGCCAAAGUGAGUUUUCACAAACUGGCAACCCAAAAUAUGUUCUUAUUAAAGCCUUGAAAUUAUUCUAUACAACACAAGUGGAUAAUUAUGCAUUUUUUAAAAGCCACUCCAGUAGCUAAACCCUGUAAUAAAUGAUGGCUCAUUAGAAAAGUGGCACCAUGUCAUUACAAUAACAAGAUGGUAUGAUCACUCGUAGUAGGCUAAUAUAACAAUAGUUUCAACCUAGCGUCAACAUUUUCAUAUUCCUAUUAAUGUGUAUAAUUAAUGUGUCUUAAUAUCUUCAAAUGUACUUUUUCAGUUUGGUGGGACGUUUUUGUAUUUGAGGGUUUGUGUCCUACAUCCAGUAUGCUUUAUAGGCUUUCUGUCACGACCUAGGUUGUGUUUGUUUCAAUAAAUACAUUCCAUGUUCAUUUA